GUAAGUCGUAAAUUAUUAUUAAAGGCUCAUAUUUUCGCUUGGACGUGAUGAGUCGCUAAAUACGACUACCGUAGCGUUGCACCACGUCGAGAGAGAUAGGUAUGGUACAGUGCCUAGUAUAUUCUAGGCACUGUGUGUAAGGGGAACAUGUAGUCUUCGGAGUUUAUCCCGCCGCUUCCGCGCUGUAGCGCUCGCCGCUAGCAGACGACAUAAGAGAAGGACAAUAAUAAGAGAAGGACAAGUUUAAGAUGUGUUGGCGCUCCCGAUUGGUCGAAGAGGCCUGUACCUUCCACAGUGCUGCAUGGAACAACCGAAACAGAGUAUAGCUAUGCUUUUGUCGUUCGUGCUUCGCGAGCUGAAAUGCGUGGCGUGAAAUAUGUGAAAUGUUUUGGCGUCACAUGUAUCUGUGGGCGCGAGCUAACUGCAAAAGCCCUGUUUGGAAUUUGCAUACCAAGGUAACGGUCCGCCCAAGCGAUCGCCGUAAACGCUCCAUAGAGGCAUCUCGAUGAAACGCUUCACCUAUGGAGCUGGCGGCUAAAGUCAUGCGCGUGCGAGCAACAAUUAAGCCACCGUGUAUGCACGAGACGCAUGCUUUCACCGUCCUCGCGGCUCUCCUCAGACGCUUGCUAGGAGUAAAGCUCCUUGGUGUUACGGAAGAGCUUUAGCUAGGAGGUUCGACGCUGUACUUGCUGUGCACUCAACUUAAACGGCAGCGUCUGCGACAGCGUUUCACCGGCGUCGGUUAGCACAUUUAGAACGCUCGUGCGGCGUCCGUCGCAACGCGCGUUCCUCUGUGUUCGUUUUCCUUUCCCGCUCGACGUCACCGCAUUUCGCGUCGCGCGUGGUGUGCGUUUGAUGCUGCAGAUUGCUGAACGUUCCGUUGGAGCCGAGACGCUGGAGCCGGUGCGACCAGACGCGAGGCCGACAACGUCACAGCCGAUCGACGGCAUCCUCGUAUGAACUGUCUCAUCCAUGGCCGGUCUCGAAGAAGUUGGCAUUCCAGGUCGUGAGGCUCUCCGCGACGUCUUGACAAACCACACGGACAUCGUGCGAGCAAUAGAAGAGUUUCAAGAGGACAAUGCAAUCCUCUUGCCUUCUUUGGGCCCGGUGUUAUCGCUGCUAGACAUGCACGGCGUCCGGCGAUUGGAGUUCCACACGUCCGUGCGGGAUCAACUCAAGGACCGUCUCAUGCAGCAGAUCGAGGUCCUGGCCAAGCAAGGAGGCCACGAGAAGGAGAAGAAGCUCAAGGAGAUGCUGGAGGGAACCUUCCCAUACAUCAAGGUCCCAGCACUUCGUCCAGUGGUCAUGUGCGUACUCAAGAAUAUGAAGUGUGUGGACGAGAAGUACAUAAAGCUGCUGGUGAAGGACAAGUCACUUUACCAAGAAUGCGACAUCCAGGUGAAGCGUCAGAUCUGGCACGACAACAAGGACCUCUUCGCGGACGAAGUGCUUCCUCUGCUGUCCCAGUACGUGAGCGAGAAAGAGGAGGCCCUGGAGGGCCUGACAGCGUCGGCGGCGGCCGAGUCGCCCCCCGCAUUCUUUGGAGAGACGCCCAAACAGCGGCGCCAGGGGGCCGUCAUGCAGCGCCUCCUGGAGAUGGUUGACCGCAGCCUGGUCCUGUACGACAUGGUUCUACAGUUCGUGCGCACCAUGUUUCUGCGAACGCACAACGCCCACUACUGCACACUGCGCGUCGAGCUGCUCAUGGCGCUGCACGACUUUGAGGUUGGUGAAAUCACGUCUAGAGACCGUUCUCACAAGUUCACCUGGUGUCUCGAUGCCUGCAUCCGGGAGAAGAACAUGGAUGUCAAGCGGUCUCGAGAGCUUCAAGCCAUUCUUGACGUCCAACGGGGCCAAGAAGAACUCCUGUGUGAUCUUGCCAUGAUACUGUGUGACCCGCACGCCGUCAACUUUAUUGGCCAGUCAGUUUUAAAAACAUUGCAACAGCUCAUUAACGCCGAAGGCAUGCCGAGGGACAACCAUGAGUUGGUACUAAUGCUGCGUAUGCUGGCCGUGGGCAUGGAGGCGUGGAAGAUGCUGAGCACCGACAACUACACGGAGCCGAAGCUGGACGUGCAAAUCGUCACAAAGUUUUUGCCGGCUCUCAUGUGCCUCAUGGUUGACGAUCAGAUGCGGAGUCUGGACUCCCGCCUGAAAUCUCGGGAUGAUCUGCGGUCAGCUAGCUCAAGUGCUGAUUAUUUGGGACGCGUUUCUGGCACCUUCCAAGCGUACGUUCAGCAGAAUGCUGUGGCCAGUGUGCUGGCAGUGUUCUACGUUUUGCACCUUGCUCGUCAGCGUGACCGAGCGGGCCUGUUGCGAGUGCUGGGAACGCUGGCGCUGGCCGAAGGCCGGCGCGCUUACCGGGACCCGUUCAUGCACACGCUGGUUGGCCACUUGACUCGCAUGGCCGACCACUUUGCCAAGGAAGCCUUCUGCAUGAUCAUUUUCGACGACUUCUUCCUCCCGGGCCUGAGGAGCAGUGCCCUGAAAGGCCACAGGAAUGCCACAGAGACUGCAAGGGUCACUGCGAAGCAUUUGAUGCGCUUGUUGUGGCACGUCCAUGCCAAGUUGCCUCCCGCAAGGUUCAAUGGCAUCCUAAAGAGACUCCAGCCCUUUGCUCAGACCAACGAGGACCUGAAACCAGCCUUUGAUGGCUUGGUAGAGAAACAGCAAGUGACCCCGGCGGCAGCAGGAUGCGGUUCAGGAAACCCUGCCCUGCCAAGAUCCCCAGGGAUGUCACCAAUCUGAGUAGAAGGUCGUGCCUUCGAAAUAGGAUUGCACGUUGGCAGUUGCCCAGGCUUGAAGCCACUGUUGUGUUAUUAAGCAGCAAGAACUGCACCAGAUUGGUGCGCCGAAAGCUCAGUGUACGCGCAGGCCUAAGGCGCUUGUCGAAGUCAUCCGUCCAUACUUCUUAUAACGACUUCAUUCAUUUAUUUGAAAUAAACAACCUGAAAUA